UAACCAUGUUGUGGUACAUUUCACGCUGGUAAUUCUGGCUGAUUCAUUGUAGUCGGGCUGAAACUCAGCAGGCGCUCACAAAUUAUCUCUUUCUUAUUGCACAGAUCUAAGGAAUGGACCGGCUUUUGAGGCUUGGAGGGGGAAUGCCCGGACUCAGCCAGGGUCCUCCCACAGAUGCCCCCGCUGUGGACACAGCUGAACAGGUGUACAUCUCCUCACUCGCCCUGCUGAAGAUGCUGAAACAUGGCCGUGCUGGUGUGCCCAUGGAAGUCAUGGGCCUGAUGCUGGGAGAGUUUGUGGACGAUUACACCGUACGUGUGAUUGACGUGUUUGCCAUGCCGCAGUCAGGAACGGGUGUGAGCGUUGAGGCCGUGGACCCUGUUUUUCAAGCCAAGAUGUUAGACAUGUUAAAGCAGACGGGAAGGCCUGAGAUGGUGGUGGGCUGGUACCACAGUCACCCUGGUUUUGGCUGCUGGUUGUCAGGUGUGGACAUUAACACACAGCAGAGUUUUGAGGCGCUGUCGGAACGCGCUGUCGCAGUAGUGGUCGAUCCCAUCCAGAGCGUCAAGGGAAAGGUAACAGCUGUAGAGGAAGAAGACAAGAUGACUCCUGAGCAACUUGCCAUUAAGAACGUUGGAAAACAGGAUCCCAAACGGCAUUUGGAAGAGCAUGUGGAUGUUCUUAUGACAUCCAAUAUUGUGCAGUGCCUCGCAGCAAUGUUGGAUACUGUUGUGUUCCAGUGAUUUCCCUCUCCGUCUCUCUCUGUCUGUGCAUAAAUGUUCAUAUUCUACAACUGUUUUGUCUUUUUAAGAAAUAAACACAAAAUUCCAGUAA